AUGGAUGUCAAGAUUAAGGAGCCCAAUGAGGCCAACGAGUCUAAGGAUUUUCAGAACGUUCGUGAAAAGGAGGUUCAGGAUUCCACUGAUUCCGAUGUCGACUCCCAGAUUGAUACGUUGCGAGCUGCCGGUAUAGGCAUUGCUGAAGAUGAUCCAACUGAGCCUGUGCUUACUUUGCGUAUGUGGGUGUUGGGAAUUGCCUUUUGUAUCGUGGCCAGCGGGCUGAACACGCUUUAUACUCUUCGCACGCCUUCUUUGACUAUCUCGGGCUCGGUUGUCCUAUUGCUGACCUAUCCUCUUGGAAAGCUUUGGGAGAAAGUCAUUCCUAAUUGGACUGUUCCGCUGGGGGCAUGGUCUUUCGGACUCAACCCUGGGCUUUUUAACACAAAAGAGCACACCUUGAUUUACAUCAUGUCCAACCUCAGUAUCUACGUUCGUCUCGGUGCCGAUGUCCUAACGGAGCAGCAAAUGUUCUACGGCUAUAAGGCAGGAUGGGGCUUCCAGAUUCUGAUUACCUUUGCCACAUUCCUCGUCGGUUUCUGUCUUGCGGGGAUAUUCCGAGCAAUUAUCGUCGUGCCACAGGAGCUGAUUUGGCCCGGAGUGCUAAGUGUUACUGCUUUGACCACGACCCUGCACCAUGUCAAGCAAGAUCAAGUACAGUCACGCUACGACACAUGGAGUAUUUCUCGCUACGCAUUCUUCACCAUGGCAUGCUGCAUCUCGUUCUGUUGGUAUUGGUUCCCAGACUUCAUCUUCCCGGCACUGAGCUACUUCAGCUUCCCAUGCUGGAUCAAACCAGAAAGCAAAGUCAUCAACCAGAUUUUUGGAAUGAGCUCCGGAAUGGGCUUGCUACCUAUUACGUUUGAUUGGAGUCAAAUAUCCUAUGUUGGCUCUCCAUUGCUCAUUCCUUCGUGGGCAAUUCUCAACGUAUUUGUUUCUCUGGCGUUUUGGAUUUGGAUUGUGGCCGUUGCUUGUUACUAUACCAAUGUCUGGAAUACGGGAUAUCUCCCCUUCCAGAGUUCCAAAGUGUUCGACAACACGGGUGGUGUUUACAAAGUCAAAAAGAUUGUCAAUGCAGCAUCAGGCUAUAAGCUCGAUGUCAAGAAGUAUCUUGCAUACUCCCCGGUCUACAUGCCCAUUACUUACGCACUGAACAUGUACGGGCUGUCCUUUGCGACCCUGAGUGCUCUACUUGUUUGGGUCAUUAUUGAAAAACGUCAUGUCAUGGCUGAUGCCGCCAGACGGGUUCCUCAUCUGAUUAUUGAAUCUCUGCCCGGUCGCUCCAGAGAGUACAGUGAAGAUGAGAGGGGAGAUCCCGAUGUUCCUCUGUGGUGGUACCUGAUUGGCUGCAUUCUGGCCUUGUUCAUGGCAAUUUUCGCAGUUGAGUGGUGGGACGUUGAACUGAGGUGGUAUGGUGUCUUGCUAGCGUGUCUUGUUGCGCUGGUGUUCUAUCCUCCGUUGGCCCUGGUCUAUGCCACUUCAAAUUUGAAGAUCAAUAUAGACAUCUUCUGCCGCAUUGUGGCCGGGUUCGUCUUCGAGGGCAAGGUUCUUGCUAACAUUUGGUUCUUUGAUAUUGGCUACAUCACGACCAUCAAGGGACUUUACUUUGCGCAGGACAUGAAAUUGGCGUACUAUUGCCAUAUCCCACAGCGCAAGCUGUUCUUGGUGCAAUGUGCUGGCAUGGUCGUGGGCACGCUCUCCUCCCUCGGUGUUCUGAACUGGGCACUGAACCACAUUAAGGGUAUUUGCACCAUUGCUGCUGUCAACGGAUUCAGCUGUCCAUACUCCAGCACUCACUUCAAUACUUCCUUGAUCUGGGGUGCUGUCGGUCCUCGCCGUUGUUUCUCGAACCAGAUUGGCUACUCUGCUUUGCUGUUUUUCUUCAUUAUCGGUGCUAUUCUGCCGAUUCCGGUCUAUUAUUUGAGUCGUCGUUAUCCAAAUUCGUUGUGGAAAAGGGUCCAUGUCCCAUUGUUCCUAGGUGGUUUGAACUACCUGCCACCUGCAACCGGAAUGAACUACGGUAGUUGGGCCGUUGUCGGUCUCACAUUUGGCUGGCUCAUCCGCAGUAGGCUACAUGGCUGGUGGAGCAAAUACAACUUUGUACUGAGCUCUGCCAUGGACUCGUCCGUGGGAAUUGCUGGCGUGGUGAUUUUCUUGACUAUCUUCUUUACUGGCGCCAGUAGGAAUUUCAACUGGUGGGGAACAGAGGUUUACAAGAACACUUGCGAUUGGAAAGGCUGUGCUCGUCUUGACAUUCCAAAAAGCGGGAAAUUCAUACAGUAA